CUGUUAACUGCACCCUGGCCGCCAUGCUGGACUCACACACACAGAGCGCCCCCUGCUGUCUACAUCAAAUCUCUAUCAACUGGACUGAGACCAAUGAGACCCUAGUUUCAGUGGAAAUCCAGUUGAGGGCUGCUAAUAGAUGUUUUUUAAUGUGAAGUGUUAUUUCAAAGUAUUUUUAAUUAUUGUAUUGUUUACAUUUUUAGUUAUUUAUUAUUAAUUAAAGCGCAAGCUAACCGCACAUUCGGGAACAGCAGGGGGCGGUAAUGCGCCUCUUGAAAGCAACCGCCAUUUUACUCUAGGAAAACACAUGAAGGUUUGCUAGUCCGACUAAACAAGACAGACGCCUUUUCCGUCGUUCUCUGUUAUUUGUUAACGUAUCUAGAUGUAGAACGACAGUUUUGUAUUUUGAGUAUAUAAAGUAAAUUCUUUAGUAAAUCAUAGUAGGUUUAAAUGUUCCGUUUUUGGUCUCAGUAGGUUACAGUAGCUGUUUGUUAGCAGUGUUAGGUGCGACUCCAAAACAACAACGAGACACACCCGAGAAGAUUUAAGUCUGUAACCUCGCAUGAAGAUUUUCAACGACAUUUAUAAAAACGAACUGUAAAAUGAAGAACAUUUUCAUAAUUGUAACACUUGGGUGCGUUGUGUUUGGUGAUGCUAGUGAAGUGAAGUCAGUGAUGGAGGGAGAUUCUGUCACUCUACACAUCAGUCUCACUGACAUAAAACAAGAUGAAAAAAUACUGUGGAGGUUUGAUCCUGAAGACCCCGACCCCAACCUUCUAAUAGCUUGGAUUGAUGAGAAGAAGAUAAACUAUGAAGAACCUGUUGAAAGUUUCAGAGGCAGACUGGACAUGAAUCUUCAGACUGGAGAUCUCACCAUCAAGAACAUGAGAAUCAAGCACACUGGACUUUAUAAAGCAGAGAUCUCAAGAAAGACAGAGACAUCAGUUAUGUUCAGUGUAACAGUCAAUGAAUCUCCACUUGAUGUCAGCGCUGGUACAGAUGAGAAGACGGUGCUGACGACAAAGGGAGAUUCAGUCACUCUACACACUGAUGGUCAAACAGAGAGAGGUGAUAUGAUACUGUGGAGGUUUGGAGAUGAAGGUGUUCUCAUAGCCAAACAUGAUAAAGAAGACAACAAAAGCCCAAUAUACUAUGAUCGGGGGUCCAAGGACAGACUUCAAGUUAAUAAUCAGACUGGAUCUCUCACCAUCAGUGAUGUCACACCUUCAGAUUCUGGACUUUAUCAACUGAAGAUCAGCAGCAACAGCGAACAGACAUCAUACAAGAGAUUCAUUGUUUCUGUCAGUGAUGUGUCUGUCAUUGAACAAGGUUUAUCUGGAGGUUCUAUAGCAGGAAUAGUUGUUGGUGUCCUGCUGUCUGUUGUUGCUGUUGCUGCUGUGAUUUGGUCACGCCGCAGGGUGUCUGAACUAAAGAAUCAAACGGAGAAGCUGGAAGUGAAGGAGGGAGAUUCUGUCUAUCUAGACACUUUUGUUACUGAUCUUGAGUCAGGUGAUGUGAUAGAGUUGAGCUUUAAAGAGACUGUGAUUGUGGCUGACAUUAAAGAUUACGAGAUGGAAUUCAGAGAUAAUGUGAUGUUCAAAUACAAACUGAAGGUGAAUGUUAGGACUGGAUCUCUCAUCAUCAGAAACAUGAGAAAAGAAGAGACUGGAUUGUAUAAAGUAAAGAUUAGCAGGAGCAGUAAAGUGAAAUCAUUCCUUCAGUGCAUCACCUGUGGAGGACCAUCACUCCGUCAAUUCAAUGUUCUUGUCCAUGAAGAGAAACUGGUGGCGUAUGAAAGUUCUGUCACUUUACACCCUUACAAUAAGAUCCACAGCGAUGAUGAGAUCAAGUGGAUGUUUAAUGAUGAAGUUAUAAUAACUAAGGGCAACAACAUCUCUGAAAAUGAUGGUGAUUAUGACAGAUUCAAAGACAGACUAGAGCUAAACAAUGAGAAUGGAUCUCUCACCAUCAAGAUUGUCAAGGAAGAUGUGAGUGGAUUCUAUAAAGUCAAGAUCACCAGCAGUAAAGAAACAUCAUACUGUCUGUUCAAAGUCAUCACCGAGGAAAUAAUGUCAGUGAUUGAGGGGGAAUCUGUCACUCUAACAACUGGAAUAUAUGAACUUGAAAAUGACACGGAGAUACAGUGGAUAUAUACAACGGGAGAUACAGAUAAAGUGAUCAUAACUGGAGGGACUGGAGAAAAAGACAUAUUCAGAUUAGAAGACAGAUUGAGACUGAACAAUAUAAAUGGAGAUCUUACCAUCAGAGACAUCGAAAUAAGCAACGAGGGAAUGUAUAAAGUCAACAUCACCACUGGGGGAAAAACAUCAAUCUUACAAUACCGUGUAAAUGUCAUAGAUGUGAUGAAAUUUGCCAGGCUUUUGGAGUCAGCUGUUACAAAUGAAGAGAUCACACCAGAACUUGGAGGAAAGUCUGUCACUCUGCACACCGGUGUUACUGGAAUAGAGAUGGAUGAUAAGAUUGUGUGGAGAUUUGGAAUUUAUCAAAGCCGUAUAGCUCAGUUCAUUGGAGGGACCUCUAAGGCCAUGUGUUAUGACCUUGAUGAUGAGAGAUUCAAAAACAAACUGAAGAUGGACAAAACAACUGGAAAUCUCACCAUUGAGGACAUCACAUUUAACAUCACUGGAGAUUAUAGAGUAGAUAUCCGUAAGAAGAAUGGAACCAGACACAUGAAUUUCAUUGUUGCUUUACCUGUGUUUGCUGAAGUAGGAGGAAAGGUUCAUCUAAAAACUGAAGGUGUGCUGGGAAGGGAUUAUGUAAAGUGGAUCUUCAAGGAUGAAAUUACUGUGGUCACUAGAAUUCAUGGACAGGUCGCAUGUAACACCAAAUAUAAUGAGCGACUGAACCUGGAAGUUGAGUCUGGAUCUCUAACCAUCACUGGCGUCACUGACUCAGACUUUGGAGUUUAUACACUAAGGCACAUCAACGGUAGAGGAGAGAUGUCAAACAUGAAAUUCAGUGUUGCUCGUGAUAAGACUUCUGGAAAAGAUCUGCAGCCUUCUGCAGGGAGACGGAUGAAGCCAGAAACAGAAACUGAAUACGCAACAGUUGAGAUGCCUUUGAUGAAGAAUAAAGCUAGAGUUUGAUCAGCUGAUAGAUGCUCCACAUCACGUUACAUCAUCAACAUCUACAGUAACAAAUUUCUGAGCCGUCCUCUCUUGAGCUCAUGUGAUAAAAGCUUUUUACAGCAAAAGUUUCCAGUUCUUCAUAAACAGCCAAACAAACUUUCAUUUAUUUGUUUUUCAAACUGAUCACCGAUCAGAUUCUUUUGAUAUAUUUUUAUAUUUUAUAUCUGUUACUCACUGCAUAACAUAUUUUCAGUUUGACUCUCAUAAGUUUGAUAUUGUGUGAUUGUAGACAGUAUUAUUUUAAUAUCUGAUGAUGAGAAAUCUCAUAUUUACUGUCUCUUUUAUACACAUUUAUAUAACUAACACCAAAAACAAGUUCAUGAUGAUAUUCACAUGACAAUCUGUCUUUAAUAUAGUGAAGAACAUUCUUAAAGUUCAGUGUGUAUUUUAUGUUAAGUUGUGAUGUCUGUUAUGUUUUUCAUAUUGUAGUUAUUUCUUUAGUCUUUUAAUUACAUUUUAAAUUACAAAAUAUGUUUUGCUACUCAUAUAUUUUGACAAUCUGUUUUCUGGUAUGAUCUGAAUGUAAAAUAAAAAAUGUGAAUUCAGACUCUCAGUACAGAUGUAAAAAAAUUCAUAAAGCACUUAAAUCACUCUUUUUAUUACACAAAAGAGCUUUCUGCACUGAUGUUUAAGCUUUAUUUUUGUAUUCUAGUAUAAUAUGUAACAUUGUCAUAUUUGAAUCGUGUUCUGCUUUGGAUGAAUUUCUUCUCUUCAGUAUUAAUCUCAUUUCAAGUAACUUCAGAUGAGCGUCAUCUGAAUGAAUUCAUGUAACCAAAGGUAUUGGGAAUGUUUUGUGUCUGAAUUGUGCCUUAUUAGGUUUUCUAAAUGGCUGUUUUAACAGUAAACGCAUGCUAGUUUUGAGUUCAGCUUUACUAAAUAUACAAUGUACAUCAAUAUCAUUACUAAUAAAUGAUUAAAUGUC